CGACACCGUAAUGAAAAUUGAAUACCGUAGAGUCGAGCACAUGAUAAAAGAGGAACUGGUCGAGCCAAAGCUAAGCAGAAGAACUGAACCGAAUCCCCAAAGCUAAAAGUGGCCCAAGAGAUCGAGAAUGGAAGCCGAAGCCGAAGCCGAAGCAGAGCUCGCAUGGAGCAGAGAGACGAUUCCCAGAGUCAUGAAGAUCGUCUGCGCCAGGCUCCCCCAGCGAGACCUCGUCUCUCUCCUGCUAGUCAGUCCCUGGCUUCACCGCUCUCUCGUCUCGUAUCCCUCGCUUUGGCUGGUUCUUGAUUUGCGCGAGAUGACCAAUGCGGGGAAUCGGCUCCUGGACGCUCUUUCGCUGGCGAGAUAUGGCCAGGUGAAGCGAAUUAACCUGGAAUUCGCUCAAGAUAUCGACGACAAACACUUGGAGACCCUCAAGAACAAGUAUUCUGAAUCUCUCAAAAGCUUGGAGAGUUUAAAUCUCAAUGGUUGCCAAAAGAUCUCUGAUAAGGGAAUUGCAGCUGUGACCAGUUGUUGUCCAAAUCUCAAGGUCCUUUCUAUUUAUUGGAAUGUUCGAGUGACGGAUAUAGGCAUAAAGCAUCUGGUUGAGAACUGCAGACAUUUAGUUGAUUUAAACUUAAGUGGCUGUAAGAAUAUUACAGAUGAGAGCUUGGAGUUAGUUGCUGACAGUUAUAAAGAAUUACAGUCACUAAACAUUACUCGGUGCGUCAAGCUGACAGAUAUUGGCUUGCAGCAAAUACUGUUCAAGUGCUCUUCUCUCCAGAAUCUGAACAUUUAUGCCCUUUCUAGUCUCACAGAUAAUACAUACAAAAAUAUCUCCUCUCUUUCCUAUCUGAAGUACUUGGAUCUUUGUGGAGCCCAGAACCUAUCAGAUGAUGCACUUUCCUGUAUAGCCAAAUGCAGAAAUCUCGCGGCCCUGAAUUUGACGUGGUGUGUACGUAUUACCGACAAGGGGGUCAUGGCAGUUGCUAAAGGCUGCCUCUCUCUCGAGUUCCUUAGUGUCUUUUGGCUUUGGGUAUGACUUCAGAUUUUGGUCUUUUCUAUUAUAUUGAAGCGAGGGUAUGGAAGUUCUAUUUGAAUUUGUUAUUUGGUGGCUUUUAUUCUGCAAAAAUGAUUGAAGUGUAAAUUGAAGUGUCUUCGUGUCCUACAUUUUACAUUUCUAAAAUGUAAAAUCAGUUCUUUGUCAUAUAUGUUUUCCACUCAAGCAAGCACAUGUCAGAAGUUGGAGGAAAGGAGUUUCUGUUUCUGGCUUUUGUAGGUGCGCUUUUAUUGUCUUUUGAUGCCAAACUAGUCGGUUUAAAAGUCAAGUAAAAAGUAGAAGACGGACAAAAAGCCUCCCAAACACCCAUUGUGCUUGCUGAUCUCCUGGACCAUCUUGCAUUUUGAUUGUUCGCCUCCAUGAAUAUACAUCUUCCACAAAAUGUAUGGCACAAAAGCUAUGAUGAACCUCAUCGUAUAUCAAGUCCUCUCUUCAAUGUUCAGUUAGUGAUAAUUGCGCAA